AUGUCUUAUCAUUACGUCCUGUCUUACAAUGGAAGCAAUGUCAGCCAGUUGUUCUUAGACAGACACACACUCUUGCAAUUGAAAUGGAUUGCUUCUCGAGAUCACGAUGACAAUUUGAUGCUGAGAAUUAUUGUGGAUUCAGGAGGCUGCCACGGUUAUCAGAACAAACUCGAACUGACUACUGAAGUUAACCCUGAUGACACAGUAUUUGAGAAGGAAGGUGUACGUGUGGUUGUGGAUGAAAUAUCGCUUCCAUUUGUGCGUGGAUCAAAAGUAGAUUUUGUGGAAGAAUUGAUCGGAUCGACCUUUCAAGUAGUUGAAAACCCCAAUGCCAAGAAUAGUUGUGGUUGCAACAUUUCAUAUGAUAUCGAUAUUGAUAAGAUUUCACAGACCUCAAGUUAG